GCCAGUCUUUGUGCGAGUGUCGUGAAUGCGGCAGGCGAAGCUGCUCGCCCUCGGGUGAGGCACUCCAGUAUACACGUUGCAUCAACUUUGCCAUUCACCUUCCGAAUUGACGGAGAAUUCUUACCGAAAACAACUACUGGUCAGCCUUGUGGCUUUAUAGCAUUUAUACCAUACUGACGAGUAAGGGUUGAGCAACAACGGCGCCUGUAAACCCCUAUACAACUGGUAUUGGCUAUUGAAUCACAUGACAUGGUGAGGCCUUUCCUUGCGUCCUUCAGUAUAAGACUGGAGCAUUAACCUACAGGAUUAACUAAAGAGCAGUAUCCAGCGUUUAAGGAUUAUUUCCGGACUGAAGAGGUGCAUGACAUAAGUUGUUCCGGUACAUGGGGCGUUGUGGGUGGAAGCAUGUGACCGGCUGAAUCGAUCGCGUCAGCAACACUUUUACAUCGACAAUCGGAUCAUACUUCCUCGUCGCAGUGCGGCUCGGACGAGAGUACAGCCCUAGACUGGUUACCCGGGUGUUGCCGUGAGUUUGUCACGGUUGAGGAGAUACCUCCUUUCCGUCUUACCUUACUUAAGUCGUGUUGUCAUCCGAUCCAUGACCGUCAGAAGGGCGACAAUCGUCGACUGAGGUGGAGUUUCACCUGAAACCGGCAGCACGUGAUAACGAGUGGGCUUGUUUGUGCAGCCGAACUAUUGACCCCAUCUUACCCCAGGUGAAAUCAACUUGUUAUUUGAAACUGUCAAAAGACAGCGUAUCAACACACCGCACUAUUGUGCACGUUAUGUACGGAGUUUGUGUCUUUGCGGCAAUAUUUGAUUAAACUUGUGACUGAUCAACGCUUACCGGAAAUAAUACCGUUAUAUACGCACGUGUGUUGACAGACUCGGUUCAGUUAACAGUAAAGAAGAAACCAGGUCGACAAAACCCACCUAAUUGAUAUCCGUAAUUGGGCCACACUUAAGUUGUGUGUCGAGGCAUGUGAAGAUAGGUGACACAUUUAGCUGACACAUAUCGCACUGUUGCUUCCUCCACAAUAUCCCGCCUUAUCAUGGGCAGGCCGCAUGUUCCUGUGAUGAUGUGAAGAGAGUGGACUUUGCUAUCAGAUACUGCCUGUGUAUUGUGGAUGCCCUGUGUGUGAUGGCAAGCUAAUGGCCCACGGCUAUUCAGCAAAACAAUGGAUAUAUUUAUUUCCCUGUAUAACCAUUUUCGGCAAAGUUAUGGCCUCCCCACCGACCUCGUCACCAUUGGAGCAAUGUUUGUGGAGGCCAUUGCCAUCUUCAAGGUCGACGUGACACCGUUUGGGCGGGGCUUCUUCUGCAAUGACCAAUCUCUGAUGUAUCCAUACCAUGACGACACGGUCACCAUGGUGGAUGCAGCUCUCAUCGGCGUCCUCCCACAGGUGCUACUGCUGGCCUCAGUUGCAAAGCGGACCUUCUUCAACAUGUAUGGGAAGCUGCUCUUCGCUCAACUGGGCGUGGCAUGUUUUGGUGGAGGGAUCUGCUAUCUGACAACGGAAGUGGUCAAACUGGUGGUUGGGCGGCUCCGACCACACUUCUUUGAUGUUUGCAAACCUGAUUUCUCCAAGAUCAACUGCAGUACUGGCUACAUCGUCGACUAUGUUUGCCAAGGCACGAAUGAUGCACUGAUAAUUGAUGCAAAAAAAUCUUUUCCGUCCGGACAUUCAUCAUUCAUUGCUUUUGCAAUGACAUAUAUUAUCAUGUAUGUUCAACUUCGUCUGGGGAGAAAGAACUGUCGUCUGCUGCGAGCUCUCCUCCAGUUUGGGGCUGCUCUAGGUGGUGUAUAUGUCUGUGUGUCCAGGAUAUCGGACUAUAAGCACCACUGGAGCGAUGUGCUAGGUGGUGCUGUUCUAGGGAUCUUAACAAGUGCUUUAACGGUUCUCUACGUAAAUGAUGUAAAAAGAAUUAACAUGGUGGAAGAAACAUCUGAUGAGAAAAGUCCAGUUCCUCUGACAAAAUUUGAAAAGACGGAACCAGCACAGUAUGAGGAUGUCAGAAGCUCACGACGAACAGUGGUGUAAGGGAGGUAACCCACACUGGGACAAAAGGGAGACAAUCCACACAUAAAGCAGUGAACAAAAGUAUUGAACCAAGUACUGUUUGAUCAGUGAGUCUUCAAACAUUGAUCUAUGACAAAACUGAAAAGAUAUCAUCCCUCAUUUGUGAGUUUGUUGAGUGUCACAGGCAUAUUCAGGGAAAGGUCAAAUGACUUUGAAUUCCAAUGUGUCUGUUGACGUGUACCUGUUUUGUAUUUUUGAUUAUUUUUUGCUCAUGCAACAAACAAUCCAGCUCAAGUGAACAUUCCGACUCUUGUAUGUAUACUGGUUUUUCAGCAUUGUAUGUUUAUUGUGUAUUACUUUCAUCAGUUUCAUACCCCAGCAGGGAGGACGACCCCUGUCUGAUAAUGUGAUGGGGCUAUGCAGUACACUCUGCAGACACAUCUUUUAUGUAAUUAGUAAAUGAAGAAACUUACCAAAGUUUGAGAAACUGAUUUGAGAUAUAAAUAUUAAAAGAAAAUCAUGUUGAACACAAUACCCUCUUUUUAUUCUUUAUUCCCACCAUUAGCCAAAUCAUUACUGUGUUUCUUCAAGUGCAUAGCUACAUAUGCCAGUGUUUAAAACUCCCAAAAUUCCAAGCCAGACAGCCGAACUAUUAACUU